CAAACUGGAAUUCCUGGCAUGGAAACAGUAUCGGAACCCAGUAUGACAAGCAAAACAGAACCUGUGUAUGAUUACCCAAAUAACGAACCCCCCCGCUCCCCAUCUCCAAGAGGAUCAUCAGCCUCGGUCAGCAUUACUGACAGGCUUCUUCUCACACAGAGUGUGUGGCUUCACCACAGUGUCAACUCGGCUACGGCACUGCAUGUACUACAAAGAGAGCCGCCAGGGACAUUCCUGGUGCGGAGAUCCAACACUCGGCAGCAGUUGGUCCUGUGUGUGCGACUAUCAGAUGACUGCGGGCCAAGUUUCAUUCAUCAGGCUUACAUACAUGAGGGAUCAUCAGGUCUCUCUUUGGAACAUUCAACACUUACCUUUCCAGAUCUUAUCAGACUUGUAUCCUACUACAGUUCCGAAAGG